AUGGCUGAGACAACGAAGUCGGUUGCAGAAUGGCGCUUGCCGCUCCACUCAUGGGAUACACAUGUUCAUGUUUUUGAACCCUCGAAGUAUCCUUAUGCCUUGGCGCGGGCAUACACCCCAGAAAUUGCGACAUACGAACAGCUGCUUGCCUUUAAUGGCAAUCUGACUAUUUCGCACACACCACAGAACUUGGUGCUUGUUCAGCCUUCGCCCUACGGAACAGACAACUCUUUGAUCAUCGACCUUCUAAAAAACCACUCUUCUUGCUCCAUUGGCGGUGAGGGGAAGCUGCGCGCGAUCACAGUGUUCAACGAGACCCAAGUGAGCGACGAUCAAUUGAAGGAAUGGGAUAACCUUGGCGUGCGUGGUUUCCGCAUCAACACGGAAGCAUCGAGCAGCGGUACCGACUAUGAGCACCUCAAAGCCAGAAUCAACGAUACCGCCAAGCGUGUCAAUGAGUAUAAGAACUGGAAGUGCCAGCUCUUCAUCUCCGGUGAGGAUUGGGACCACAUCUACGACACCAUCAAAGAUUUGCCACUUCCGGUCAUUGCGGAUCAUCAAGGUGGCAUGAAAGGCACAUCGGCUCUGCCUGCCAACGUGACUUCUGUGACGGAGCAGCCCGGUUACAAAUCUCUGCUAUCUCUAGCAAAAGCAGGUCAUGUUUACAUCAAAGUGUCAGGCUUCUAUCGAUCCUCGAAGCUCACCACCGGAGGGUACGAUGAUCUUGAGCCUUUGAUCAAAGAAUUCGCGAAAGAGGUUCCAGACCGGCUUAUCUGGGCAUCUGAUUGGCCGCACACUGGCUCCGGGGCCAACAGAACGGAGGCAAACAAGUUGAUUCCAGAGAAGUUUCGAGUGGUUAAUGAUGCCGCUGUCCUGCAGAAUGUACGCAAGUGGGUCGGUCCGGAUGUCUGGAGGCGCAUGAUGGUCGAUACUCCAGUGAAGGUCUAUGAGUAA